UUCUUAUUUUCUUUUAUAAUCUUUCUUUGUUUUCUUGAUUUUAUGAGAAGAUUAUCUAGAUUUUAGCUUCUGGGUAUUAUUGAUUUCAGUCCUUUUUUUAUUUCCUGAACUUCUAUAUUUAUUGCUGUUGUUUUGGGUUUUUUGAUAUUUCAUUGAAAAAGAAUCCUUGUUUUUGUUUUUGAUGUAUGUUAAUCUUAGAAUUUGUGAAAUGAUUUUAGCUUUGCAUGCCAGAGGAUUUAAGCAAAGGGGUAUCAAUAUUGAAUUUGCUUGUGGUUUUAAUUUUCUAGGUUUAAUUGAUUCUGGGUAUGAUAAAGCAUGAUAAAUAUCUUAAAACUGACUCAAUCUUUCCUCCUUUCUGAUUGUUUUCUGUUGGGUAAUUGGUGAAGAAGCUUCUUUGUACUGAAGUUGAAGAUUUUCCUGAGAAAGAGGUAGAAAGAUACAAUAGGAUUUUGAUGUAAACAUAGAGAGUUCUUCUACAUUGGGUUUGAAUCUGAUUUACAUUCCUUGCAAUUAUCCACAUUGUUAUCUGACAAGAAGCAUUAGCAUUCUGGAGUCUUUGAAAUCUGGAACUGCAAUCUAUCUUCAAGCUCCAGCCACAUUUCCCAAUCUGCGCUGAACUUCAAUGUUUGUGAUUUGAAUCCAGUAAGCUUUAUUUGGCAACUACUGAGACCAAAUCUCAUGGUUUGAACUUAGCUGGUUGUGCAUUCAUUAAUCAAUUUCAAGAAAUCACAGGCAGAGAUCUGUGGCAUUGUGGAAAUUUCUACUUGGGAAGAAACUGAUCUCAUCUGGGGUUGUUGUGAUUUGAUGAUUAAACCAAGAUUUAAAUGAGUUUUGAACAUCCUAAAUCAGAUAAAAGAUUUUCAAGAAGCAUAAUCAAUCUGCAAGAUCAUUGUUCAAGCAACAUAAUGGAAGGGAGAUCAAGAAAAGUAACUUUCACAAACCAAACUCCUGCAACUUCUCAAAGAGUAGAGAGAAGGAAAAUGGAGUAUCAAAGAUCAAUAUCCCAUGGCAAUGGCAAGAGCUGGUUGUUUUCAGCAAGCUAUUUCAGCUUGGAAUCAUUUGUUCUGCUAAUUUGUCUCACAGCAUCUCUAUUGAUCCUUCCAUUGAUACUUCCACCGUUGCCUCCACCACCUUUCUCUUUGCUUCUGCUUCCAAUAGGAAUCUUAGCAGUGCUAAUGAUCUUGGCUUUCAUGCCUACUAAUGCAAGGGAUAUGAGCUUUACAUAUGUGUAAAUGUAUUCAAAAGGAUAUGCACCAGUUUUUUUCUCUUCUCAUAC